UGGGAAGGGAGAUAAUAAAUAGCGGGUCGGUUGACAAAACCCGCUCAGUCUAACGGUCUGCUUAAACACUAACGAAACUUUUUGAGUUGACGAGACAUAUCGCAUUUCAUAAUGAACAAAAUUCUUCUCAACAUUUUCGCAGCCGGACUAUUGUUUUCCAUCGGCCAUGCUCUGCAAUGCUACAAGUGUGAUUUGGGCCUAGGGAGCCUGUGUAUAACCUACAAAAUCCCUUGCGAUCCUGGCGAGAAGUGUUUCAGUGGUGUCGCAACAGCAGGAACUAUCAAUAUCAAGAGUAAGGGCUGUCUUGCUGCGAAUAAAUGCAACAAGACGGAAUCUGUAACUUUCCCUGGCAGCAACAGCACCGUCUACACCGAGACCAAGACCUGCUGUGAAUCUGACCUUUGUAACGCUGCUUCCAGCCUGGUUCACCUCAAUGCCUUUCCCCUGGCCCUUCUCACCCUCACCAGCUUCCUUGUGACCAAGGUUCUGCUGUAGGGAGCAUGAAUGCCCCCCUCCAAUGCACACACCCACACACACACACACACACACACACACACACACACACACACACACACACACACACACGGUUGUAAGAAAUAUCCUUAUUGUACACAAUUCUCAUUGAUUACCAGGAAACAUAUGUAUUUAUAAUUUCUCCUCAAACUAAUACAAUUAAGGACAUUUAUUUGUCUCUAGCUUCUAGCACUAUCUGUAUUGAAUUACUUUAGAAUUGCGUCUGUGUAUCCUUGGUGGAAAUAUUUGAAAUUUAAAAUGCAGUGCAAAUAUGCGUCACACUCUUGCAUUGUGUACUUCUGUCAUUUAUGGAACGCAUCAUGUCUAACCUGUUUAGUCCAACGAAACCUCUCACUGAUACUCUAGUUCAGGAGUCACUAGUACACCAGGGUUCAAUACAAUAUCAGAAGGCUUCGGUCUUUUUCCACACUUCAUCAUGGAUAGUUGAAUUGCCUUGUAUGCUGACAGAAAUAUUUAAAUGAUCCAUGGCAAGGAAACAUUUUGUCCACCUAACAUUUCAGGCAUUGUUUACUCUCUUACUCCUAAGUGUGAAGUCGUGUGUAAUGGUCACCACUGCUUGUUACCCUACACCCAUGCUUUACUAUGCAGCAAACAAGUAGGCAUUGAAUAAGUGAUUCACUUUCUUGGCUCAUAUUUGCCAGUGAUGGGAUAAUAUUUGGCAAAAAAAUAGUUUUUCUUUAAAGUUUUUUUUACUGGAUCAUUAACUGAUAGUGAAGCUUGAUGACUUUGCCAUUUCACCUCUUGAUACAUUUGUGGGGCUUUCACUGGCAACUGCAUUUGCAUUUCCAGUUUGAUUAUUUCUAAAAAGAUUAAUAAAUGCAUUGACCAGCUUUUCCUAGAAAGGACCAACAUUGA